CAGGCCAGCCCAAAUCCUCCUCUAACAAACUCUACAGUCACGCGUAUCGCGAAAACAGAGACAGCACACCACCCCAUAAUCAAAGCAAAGCAACAAAAAAAUGGCACCGUCCACACUGACGGCACUGGCGGAGGAGAAGACGCUGGACUCGAGCUUUGUCCGCGACGAGGACGAGCGUCCCAAGGUCGCCUACAACCAAUUCAGCAAUGAAAUUCCUGUGAUCUCUCUCGAAGGGAUCGACGAUGAAGGCAAGAGAUCGGAGAUCUGUAAGGAGAUUGUCGAAGCGUGUGAAGAUUGGGGGAUUUUCCAGGUGGUUGAUCAUGGUGUUGAUGCUAGUCUUGUGUCUGAUAUGACUCGUCUCGCUCGCGAUUUCUUUGCAUUGCCUCCUGAGGAAAAGCUUCGCUUUGAUAUGUCUGGUGGCAAGAAAGGAGGCUUCAUCGUUUCAAGCCAUUUACAGG